ACCUCUAGCUGAAAAAAUGGCUGAAAUCCAAGUAUGUGUGUGAAGGAAACUGUGUGAGAAAAAAUAUCGUUUGCUACCAAUUUGGAAAUAACUUCGUUUUGUCGAAACAAUCGGAAUCCUUUAUCCACCGGUCGACGCAGCUGUCAUUUUCACGAUUUUCGAGAGAGGAGCUAAAGAUACCCUUUUCGGAGCUCCCAAAAAUUGACAAUUGAUGCCACUCGGAAAUCGGCACUCUUCACUCAUAGCGGCCUGCAAUUACAGAGAAGCCAGACCAAAAAGCAGCCUUACAGACUACAGCUGGCUAUUCUAUCGAAAAUGUGGUUACCAGGCCAAGAGCAGAACCUACCAGGAGAGGAUAACUAGACAAAAAUUCGGCUAAGAGCACUCCCUAUAUGUAAUAUAUAUGUAAUACACACGCGCCUGCCCCGCCGACAGUGUACACACAUCAAUAUAUCGGCUUGAUACACACAUACGCAGUUGCAUCAGCAUGUCUGACCGUGAUUCUGAUUCCGAGUCCGACGCUGGCUCGCCCGUGAGUCACCAACGGAUGCAGAGGAACCGUCGCGUUAUCAUGCGUAUCGAGUUCAAGGACUCAGACGACACGGCCUCAGAUCCUGACCUGGACGAGCUUCCUUCCUGCUCCACCACGACGGGGAGGCGGCGAAGCGCCCGCCUACAGGAUGUGGAUUCCGAUUCAGACGAGAUGCCCCGGAAGUUUACACGAAGGUUGCGGAGUCGCCAUGGUCCGAUGAGCGACUGUUCUUCCAGCGGAAGCGAGAUAAAUCAACGGUCCGCGCGCAUCAGUAAGCGAAAGAAGGUAGAGUCCUACGACGAGGAGGAGCAAGAGCCGGCGCUCAGCGAUGAUAUUAGACUUCAAUCCACGCCUGUUGAUCCCGAUCCUGGUUUCAGUUCCGACAGCAGCAGCAACGAUAUGCUGGAGAAGUGCCCGAUUUGCUUGCUCACAUUUAGGCAGCAGGAAAUCGGCACGCCAGCUACCUGUGAGCACAUUUUCUGUGCGGCCUGCAUUGACGCCUGGUCCCGAAAUGUUCAGACCUGUCCCAUUGACCGCAUCGCAUUUGACCGGAUUGUGGUACGAAACUCCUUUGCCAGUCGGAAGGUGGUGAGGGAAGUGCGAGUAGACUUGAGCAAGUCCAAGACCGAACUGGCACUGGAAGACGAGGCAGAGAGUACCGUUGCUUCCGAAGAAGAGAUCACAAACUGCGAGAUCUGCGAAAGUCCGGACCGGGAGGAUGUAAUGCUACUGUGCGAUAGCUGUAAUCAUGGGUAUCACAUGGACUGCCUGGACCCACCGCUGCACGAGAUUCCUGCAGGAUCCUGGUACUGCGAUAAUUGCAUAGACAGCGAAGGCGAGGAUGCCGAUGAGCAGCUGGAGCUGGCCGACGACUUAAAUCAGCUGUAUGAGGAUAUUCGGGGAAUGGGCUUGCCGGAGACUCGUCUUAGGGUGCGGGAGGUGCAGCAACCUCCAAGAAUCUUGCGCACCCGUCAAAACGAGCGUAUCAGGGCGGCAGUACUGCGACGCACUCAAUCUGGCGCUGCCUCGGUUGAAGAUUCCACUCUGACUCGAACUCGUACCCGCACUACUACAACAACCACAACUACUACAACAACUACAAGGCGCACAACCACUAGUACCAAUAAGAGGCCUGUUAAACGUCGCCGACGAAGGAGAACUCGCCAUCGCACCUACGUCGUUGAGUAUGACUUAAACAACUUUGACGAAAAGUUUGCCCUAAAAACUAGCAGAAAAGUGAUCCGGCGCCGACGACGUCGUCGACGUCGUGUUGUGGCACCUGCCUCCGGUGAAGGCCCAAGUCGUCGUCUCACUGCCAGCAAGAGGCUGGCGGAGCAGAUGGGAGUAAAAACGGACGGAGUGCAGCGUUCUCAUCUCAGUGGUGGAACUGCAUCCAGCUUUUCACUCUUUGGGAACGCCAACGACCUGGAAUAUUUCUCGGACAGUGAUCCAGAUGUUGAAGGCAAUGUCGCUUCUGCGGAACUUGGAUCAACUGCCAUCCAAACCUCCGUGCGUAUUGCUAGCAUAGGAGCGCCGCGUAUUCGUAAGGCGUUGCUCCAAGGCAAAGCACGCAUAGCAGCUGCUCCUUCUGGUCCUGCUUCAUCUGCAGACAUAUUGUCUAGCAUUUUGGAUCUGCAAGAUCGUUGGCACGACGCUUCGCGUAACCUGGGUGAUGUGCACAUUAGAGCAGAUGGUACCCUUAAUCUCCCACAGAGACCUGCGCUAGCAGCUACCCCAGCAAAUUCGCCGGCUAUAGCUACUUCAAAACCCGAGGAGCACUUAACCCAUGCGCCACUUUAUCAGCGCGGAGGAGGCCCAAACUAUAAUAGAGGUGGAUCGUCCGGCUCAGGCGACAACUAUAACAAUCGCUACAGCGGCAAUAACAGCUACAGGGGAGGUGGUGGCGGCGGUGGCGCAGUUUCCAAUAGUGGCGACGGAGCACCUAGCAGCAGCGGAGGAGUGUCCUCGCACCAAUCUUCUCUUGGCGGCGAUCAACACGGGGGCGGCGGUUUCAGUAAUCAGAACUUUAACAGCUCCAGCACCAACAUCAACAGCAACACAAACGUAUCAAGCUUUACACCCUUCCACCUGCGCUUCAACACGCCCACCCGCCAGCAGCAACAACGCCAGCCAAUCGUGCCUUCUGCCAAUCAACCCACGGCGCCAACUUUUGGUGGAAGUGCACCGCCCCCAGUACCGGUGGCAUCGUCGUCAAACUGUUUUCCAGGACAGCCCCCGAUGUUCGCACCUCCUGUAAAUCAUCAUGCGGCUGCAGUAAUGAAUAUGCCAGUUGUGCUAUCAAUACCACCACCGCCCAUGCCCCCCGCCAGCCUUCCUUGGAACAACCCGCUUUUUAAGAUAAAUACGUUGCAGCAAUCCGCAUUGAAAGCCAGCGAACGAAAAAAAGAUGAUGAUGACAAUUGUCCCAACUUCUCAAUUUACUCUCAGGAGUCGCAGGCAGUUGCUAGUGCGUCUGCAAUGACGUCUGGAGUUGUACAGGGACCAGCGGAUUCGUCUGAUAAGGAUGAUGACGACAUGAAUGAAGAUUUAGUACAAUUAGAUGAUGAUGACGAGGAAAACGAGAUACCAUUGCCACUGGGGCCGGAGCCCGAGUACGUUCCAGAAAGAGUCAAUGAGCUGUACGAGCCAGAAAACCCAACUGAUGAACCGGAUGACCAAGAAAUAGUCGACAAGUCCUGUGAUGGUGUACCCAUUAAAGAGUCCCAGCAUGAGCCAGACGAAAUUGCACCAAUUUCAGAGGAUCUCGACGAUAGAGUGGAUAAAAUUCGUAGCACUCCUAGCCCAUUGGUUAAGGAUGACCGAGUAGCUGAUCGAGACCGUGGCAAGGGCGUAUUGGAGUUAUAUGAUGAUAGUGACUGGGAGGAGUUAGACAUCGACAAACCGAAGGAAUUUGAAAAGGCGCUUGGUACGGAAAUUACAGCCCAAGCCAGCCCCAAGUCCGCGACAUCUAAAAAGUCGCGUUCUAGUAAAGAUUCAGAUGAGGGAAAGGACGACAAAGGUAGUGACAGUGAGCACGAACCGGACCGUUCCUACACGCCCUGCCUAGAUGAAAAGAAUCUGGCGGAGGAUGAGGAAGUGACGGCUGGUGUAUCACAUCAGAAUGAGGGCAGCACCAGUCCCAAGACUGGCUCCUCAAAGGCUUCCGAUGAUGAACUUGAGAGAGAGCAAGCUGUCGGUACGGAUAUUGUAUCUGAGGAUGAUUUGACCAAUGAGCACGGGCCAAAGCGCCGCAGUCGAAGCCGUGGUGGAGCGGCCAGCGACGGAAAGUCGAAGUCGCGUUCAAAACGAAACAAGAACGAAACUUUUAAGAAGGUAGGGAAAAGACAGAAGGAUCGCAACUAUCGUGGCGAAAAAGCGGAGCCACAAAUGAGUUCUCGUUCGGGGUCUAGAAGUCGCACUCCAAAGAUCCGUUCGGAGAGCCAAGGAGGAAGCAAGAGCGUCAGUCGUAGUAGGAGUAGAAGUAAGAGCAGAAGUCGUUCACCUAGUCGAAGUAGAAACAGGCGUCGACGUGGCAGCCGCUCCAAAUCCUACUCCCGCUCUGCUUCAAGGACUCGAUCGCGUUCGAACUCAUAUAGCCGCCAGAGAUAUGCCUUCAGGGGACGGGACUUCCAGCGUGGAUUCAUACGUGGCCGUGGAGGCCUGCGUUUCAACUUCCGAAACCAACAGUUCCACAAUAGGCCGUUCCAGCACUACGGCCACAAUUACCACCAAAACUACCACCACCAACCAAAUUACUUUCAUUAUAACCAUGGUCCGAACCAGCAGUUUUUCCAGCGUCCCAAACGAAGAGAGCUACCUCGAUAUGAUGUUCGGAAUGUGGUGGGUGCAUCGAGAAAUCAACACUUCGCCAAGGAUCGUUAUGGGCGUGACGCAUUGCGGUCGGGCAGAAGUCGUUCAAGAAGGCGCAACUCGCGUAGUUUCUCGCGAAGUGUUUCUCGAGAAUCAAGAGGUUCCUUGCACUCUCGUUCUGGUUCCCCAAGGCGGCCCCGCAGCUUUAGCAUUUCACCAACGCCACCGCCAGGUACUUCGCCUUCUCCGCAUAAACAAAGAGGGGGUCGUCGUUCGUCGCCGGCAAGACGCUAUGCCCGCUCGCCUUCACCGCCACAGCCUCCUUUAAAUGAAAGGGUUCAUAGUCCAGCGUCAGUUCAUUCUAGAAGUUCACGCUCGCGCACACCCAACCGCAUUAACGGAGGUAAUAGAUCUCCUCCAUAUCCUGGCUCCCCGCGUUACACCCCACGGAUGAGUCGAAGUAGGAGCAGAAGUCGUUCCAAAAGUCCUAAAAAUGCGCCCAAGAAGAAGAAGAAGAAGUCUGAUAAAAAGAAAAAGAACAAAAAGAGAACAGGAAGCAGCAGUCCGACUACGGCUGCACGAAUGCGCCGAAUCUCGCGACAACGUGAUCCUUUCGAGGAUGCUGACGACUUUUUGGCGCCGCAGAGAAAACGAAAAAAAGGAGGUAUGCCAACUGGUCAGUGGUCUCCAUCGCCUUCACCCGGCCGCUGUGAUUUCCUGCAUGACGGAGCCUGCCAGGACAAAAAUCCAUCUUGGACACCGCCGCUGGAAUCACCAAAAGGUCCAGUCGCUCAUUACGAUAAUGAUGGUGGGCUGACGCCCAAGAAGGCGAAACGCAAACGAGAUAAAAGCAAAAAGAAGAAGAAACAGCAUCCACUAGAGAAGCAACGGAAGGAGAAAAAGCGCAAGCGUCGUACUCAGACGCCAGAGCCCCUGCCCUCCAAAGAGGUGUUCGCUUCAGGCAACAACAUUCUGGUGAGCGUGAGCUUCAACAAAGAGGCGACCACCAACAAUGCGACUUCCUCACUAGGUUCCCAACAGCAGUCGAUAAUCACAUUACCAUCUGGCAGAGAGGAUUUAAUGAGCACUCGAGUGGCUUCCAUUGAUCGCCUGAAUAACAGUAUUCUUAGCAGUGCUGUGGGAGCCAUUAAAAUGGGAAAGCGCAAGCGCAAGAAGCUGGAGGCUAAGCCGGUGGCAAUCAUUGAUCUUGAACGCUCGCCCUUCCAAGUUCACCAAGAGCCUGCAGAUGUCAUUGUGCUUACAGACAGUGAAGAUGCGGCAGACCAACUUUCUACGAGAAGAGAAAGGGAUCACGAUAUGAGGGAAAACGGACAAAGGGAAGAAAUCCCACAGGUUGGAUCAUUGGACACAAUCAUGGAGACCUCGUAUGAAAACAUGACGCAGACAACGGGACCCAAGACGCCUCCCGAGCCUCCUCUCGUCAAGUUCAACCUGCCCUCGAAAAAGAUGCAGCACAAGGUGCGCAGCAAUCCGCUUCAUGAUGAUGCUGAUGAUAUUAAUUCUGCAGAUGAGCUAGAGACAGCCGGUUCUAUGGCUCUCGAGGGACAGACGCCACAGCAUGGUCAUGGAUCCCAUGAUGGAGGCCAAAAGAUUGGUCCAAAUACACCUCCAGAGUCUGGACCAUGCUCGCCAGAUGCCUACGAUCCUUUCGAGCCUACCAAAUCGCCCUCAAUGUCACCACGAUCUCCGACUCCAACUCCGGGCCAAAGCCUGGAUCAGCAAGCACCUAGUAAGUCAGCGAGCAGUGCAAUGGGAUCGGGGUCUGGGGACAAAGGGGAUGGCGAUGGCGCCCAUGCGACCGUUUUAAAUGCAAGCACCAGCACACAGACGCAGACAAGCGUUCUAAACCCAGUAGAUCUGGUGAUGGCGCUAAUGAACAAGCCAAACCAGAGUGGAAUCAUUCAGCAGGAGAGCGAAGUGAGCUCCGCCCAGUACAUUAGUAGCAGUUCCGUAAGUCUAUCACUGGGCGUUGGGUCCAGCACGGGUGCAGGCGGAGCCGGCGGAGGGGAUAGCCAUGACAAGGCAUCCGAUGGCAAGGGCGUAACCGUUCUCUCCAACGUGCUGCUAACGAGUAGCAGCGUGGUGUCUAGCUCGCAGCACAUACCAUCAAUUUCUAGUCCCACGCCUCUUUCGAAGAAGCUUACUCCGUUGUCAAAGGCCGGAGGUAGUGUGGCCAGCAGCAGCAGUGGAGUUGGCAACAUUCCCACUACCAGUGCGGGAGUGGGUGCCCUACGGAAUGGAAGUGGCAUCGGAAAUGCCGGAGGAUCCGGCAUCGCCCUAGAUGACUCCUUCAACAUGGACAUCGAGAGCCCUUACUCGCCCGGCUCCGCUGAUUACGAGGAUUUGUUUGAGCCACCCAUCUUAAUGGAAGGAAGCAGGCGAACAAAAGGUGGAGCAGCCGGAGGCAAGAUAGAAAUAUUCGACAAUCUAUUUGGAAGCAGUUCGCCCAUAGGCAACAUCCGGAUGUCAUCGCGAUACAAUACCGCAGCGGGCAAGAAGUCUAAUCGCAGCAAGGGUGACCGAAAGUCUAAAGCAAAGGGUGUGAGAAAUUCUGAUGUAUAUGAUGAUGUUCCGAAUUCGGCAACGGAUCUACAAAAUAAGGAUAGACUUUUACGCAAGCUAAAUCGACAGGAACGUGUCGUUGAGGAGGUGAAAUUGGUGUUAAAGCCUUACUUUAACAAAAAAGCGAUUACGAAGGAUGACUACAAGGAUAUUAUGCGAAGAGCUGUGCCCAAGAUCUGCCACAGUCGGUCUGGUGAAAUUAAUCCACACAAGAUUAAAAAUCUUAUUGACGCCUAUGUAAGAAAAUUCCGAGCAAAGCACAAGAAGUUGAGUCUCCUAAACACGGGGCAAGUAAGCAGUGCGGUUAAGUGUGCCGCCUAUUUAAAAAAACUGUAAGCGAGCAAGCGAUCGCAUAGGAUCUGGUGGAUUGGGUAGAAAAAUAUACAGAAUUUUGCGAUCGCAUGCAUUCCUACCAUCAAAUAAAACCAACAAUUUUCACCAGCCACCAAUGGAAAACUAAGGGAAAAUAAGAGGAAAACUCAUAAACUGUCAUUAACUAUUGGAAUUUAGUUGUUAAGUCAAUUUUAGGUCACUUUACGAAUGAUUUUAGAAAGUAAGCGAUACACAGAAGUGAAGAUUUUUGAGUAAUAAGCAGAAGGAAGUUUGUCACCUAAUUUUCGGUUACCCAAAGCACUACAAAACACAUUAUUUAUAUCAAGACUAGUUCAUUAGAUUGUUUACUUGUACGACACCUGUAAUAUGAUAAUAUUAUAACUGUUUUGCAUGAGCAUUAACCAAUUGUGAGUAGUUAAGUGAUGGCAAAACAAAAUUGUAUUUUACCUCUGAUAAUUUAAAUAUUUAAAAGAAUACACAUGUGGACAAAUUUAUAGAUGACCUCAGCACAUUGGCUUGCAUUGAAUAAGGCAUAGCGAAUUCCUGUAAAUGUUGUGCAUGUAGUCAAGUAUUUUUCUUGAAUAAAUAUUGUUAACAAACAAUUGUAAUUAUGUAUUCAUGUGUAUAACUGCAUGGCCAGUUAUGCUGUUCAUCUAUUAAGCACUUGAUUUCGCAGAGCCUGUCAGUCAUAACUUUUGAAUAAAGAGUAUGAGUGUUUGCAUUGCAACACAAUUAAUAACAGUAUAUAUAUAUAUAUACAAGUUGUGCUAAAUCGUUUUGUAAAUAUUCAUAUAAAUAAAAAUAAAAACGAAUAAUACCUAA